UUUUUUUUUGGCGGGAUUUCAUCGAGUGCGGUUGGCGUCUUAUUUUAAUUAUUCUUAAAUUCGUUCAUAGUGGAUAUUGUGAAAUAAAAUUGGUGUGGUUUUGUGUAACAACUGUCUGCGUAACUGAAGAAUUAGUGGAAUCAUUAAAAUAUACGCUAUUCCGGUCAAGUGGACGUGAGAAUUUUAUUGUAGUGUUGACUACCUCACAGAAGCUUAUCGAAAAAGCCAACUCGAUACAUUUCGUGCCAAACACUCCAAGAAACAUUAGAAUGCGUCACACCGACAUUCUAAUGUAAAAACAAAAAGAAGAUAAAUUUAAUUAAAGACUAGGCUGUAUGGGCAUUGUUCCCUUUGCCUUCUCUAUAACGGGAGAACUUCAACAAAAAAAAAUCACAAAGUUGAAGACGUUGAAGUGCUUCAAAAUUAAAAAUAAUUCUAGUUAAUACUUUUAUUUUAGUAAAAUAACCAACCAACCAAAUAAGAAGGUACAUAAACAAAUUCGGUCGAAAUAGGAUGAAAUGUUUUGACUGUCGCUGCUAAUACGACAUCUAAUGAAAUCAGACUAAAAUGACUGAGUACUGGAAGUCCCAAGCUCGCAAAUAUUGUGAAUUUUGUAAAUGUUGGUUUGCUGAUAAUAAAGUAUCUAUCUCAUUCCACGAAAAUGGAAAACGUCACAAGGAAAGUGUUCAAAAGCACAUAUCACAACUUAGCAAAAAAAGUGCCAAAGAAUUCAAGCAACAAGGUAAAAUGGAUGAAGACAUAAAAAAAAUGGAAGCAGCUGCAAUGGCUGCUUAUUUAAAAGAUGUUCAAAAUAACGCAGACUUGACUUCAAAGAACAUAAAUAAGAUGCUGGAUGAAAACAGCAGUAAUGAUGUUGUUGUUACAACUGUUGCAGCAAGCAAUACAAAGAAACAACCUGUUUGGCAUGAAGUGAAAAAUGAUGAUGGCAGUUCUUAUUAUUGGAACAAGGUUACCAAUGAAACAACAUGGGAUACUCCUGAUAGUUUUCUGUCUAUAGUAGAUCAAGAGAAAGAAAAGUUGAAAAAGGGUAAAAGUGAUAAAGUCAAAGAAAAGCAAAAGAAGGAAAUGCACAAAGAGGCGGUGAAGGAAGUGAACGCCCACAUUGCACGGGAGAGAAUGAAGGAAUUAGCCCCGAAGCGCGAAGAAUCGUCUGCCCCUGUUGCCACGUACGGGCCAGCGCCUCGUGCUUCCGUACCUUACGGAUCCUGGACGCCCGUCGUCAAUGAACGCAUUCAGAAUGUUGACCUACAAUUACCAAAAACGAAAGAAGUGGAGCCACCACCUGUUGUAAUGGAACCAGAAACUGUUGAAUUCAGAGAGAAAAGAGUCGAGUCUCUGGGCGAUGGACCAGUGGAGUUCAAAAGGCGGAAAUUAAACAACGCGAGACGAAACAUGCGCCAGAAAUUAGAUGAUGAAUAAAUAAUAUAAUAAAUAUAUGUUUUAUAUCAUGAUUUCUAUUUUAUUUAAUAAAGAACCUGUAGUACUUCUAAGUACAAUCACGAUCGAAACAAAAAUAUAGAGGAAGA